AUGGAUGCUGUUUCAUCAGCAAGAAACUACACUACACGGAUUACUCCAUCUCAUCCUAAAUUAAAAACUAAUAGUGCAGCUUCCAUUACAAUAACUCCUCCUAAAAUAUCAGCUAAAUGGCAAGUAGGAAGAGUUAGUCGUAAGCAAUAUGAAAUUAUUAAUAUGCUGUACCGAAAAACUAAAACCUUCUUUGAAACAGAGAGUACUACUGCUUUUAACUCAAUCAUAUUAUCCAAAUAUAGGGGAAUGUUCAAUAAAAAAGACCAGCAGGUUACAUUGCCUCCUCAAAAAAAAAUACAAGAGUCUUUGCAAGCUACAAAACCUCGACCAAAAGAUCGUCCACUAACUCCUAGUUACAUAGAAUUUUAUUACUUAGAUGAAUCUGAUGAGAGAGUAAAACUUAAAGAUUCGAUUCCAAAGAACUCUGGUAAGGAACUUCAGAGCGAUGAGUUUAAGUUUGCUUUGCUACGUCAACCGUUAUUCUUAUUUAGAGUGAAUGAUGCAACAUGUAAGUCUACAACAUUAAAUUACAAAACAUCACUUUCACAUAAUGAUAAACGACGUAAUAUAAAAUCUUCAAUUCGUGAAAAGAACGGAAAAACAACAGGAAAAAUGUACUUUAAACAUAAGCUUGCAAUAAGAAGGCAAACAAAAAUAGAUGAUGUUAAAAACAAAACGGACGUAACAGGAAAUACAAAGGACCAUUUUACACCUUUAGUUCCUAUAACGUCAUACGAUCGUAUAAAAUUCUUCGAAAUAUAUGAUAGUGAUACGUACAAACCUCGUAUGUUGGUAGAUAAUAGAAUAAGUACGAUAAAUAAUAUUAAUAUCCAAAGUGAAGAGAAAUUAAAUCUGGACCACGUUGACCAGGACGGCAACAAUUUAACACGAUUUGUGAAAAAACAUGCGAAUUAUAAUUUUGAUGAACAUGAACAUCUAAAUUCUCAACUUGUUAAUACGAAUAAUAGCAUAUCAACGACGAUGAAAGAAACGGAGAAAAUUUUGUCAAAGCACAGUCAACCCGCCGUAUGGUCAGACUUUCCUUAUAUUGCUGUAUAUGUCUAUGAACCAAUGCAGGUUCGCUGUGAUUCAGCUGCAAUAAGUCCCCACUGGCUAAUAGCAGCUGCGACAUGUCUGCAUCGUCACCAUAGGAAUCUUAAUAGUAAUGCAGAAGGUAGGUCAGCUUAUGUGACGUACUGUGGUGGUAAUUGGAGAGUCCCUGGACGUAUUGCUUACGUUAAACGAAGUUUUGUUCAUCCACGAUUCCAAGCGAAGCAUACAUCUAGAAGAUACCUUUACAACAUUGGCGUUAUUCAAGUGGUUAAUUCAAUGGCAAACACAUGCAGUGGAUGGCGGCCGGUAUCAUUGAUGUCUCAUCAAUUUGUGGCUGACCCUGACGGCUCCUACGCCAAUGCCGUGGGCUGGGGUUUUGAUAGAUAUGGCACGAGGUACAGCUCGUCUAAUUUACCGACAUAUCCUCUAAUGUUGUACGAAAGCCUUGUGUAUUCGGAUUCUUGUCCCGGAAAUGCUGAUUAUAGCAAAGUGAAGAUGCUAAAUGGAGAGAGCAAGAAGAAUGUAUACUGUUUGUCUUUGCCGACGUACACUUUAAAAAAAAACGAUAAUGUCCCUGGAGGCUUAUUGCUAAUUGGGGGAAAAUUAAUAGCGUUAUAUUUGCAGGAGGAGCGGCGACCUUGGGGUGUCCAGUCUGCUCAGUACACAGGAAUCUGGCGUUUGAUCCCAUGGCUGUUAGACGUCGCACGCGAAGUAGAAGAUAGUGAUAUCUUUAUUUUAGAUUUAUAAAGAGAAAGAAAAAUUGAAUAUCAGUUGUAUAGUGAUGUUA